AUGCUCCAAGUUCCAUUAUCCGUGGUAGAAGAGGUGAAAUCAGAAUCUGCCACUGUCAAGAGUCCUGAAUCGGAUUUCAGGAUCCCUCCAGAAACUCAGCGUGGAACUCUAUCAACAUUGGAAGAUGUGAUUCCCAUGCUUCGUUGCAAUUCUGACAAAAGCCAUGCAUACAACAAAGGGAAGAUACUUGUUGUCAGCAAAGUUCCAUUGCCAAAUUACCGGGCUGAUCUUGAUGAACGCCACGGAUCCACACAAAAAGAGAUACGAAUGUCUACAGAAACAGAAAUAAGAGUUGGUAAUCUGUUGGAUAGCUCUCAUGAGGUGGUUACCGUUGAUGGUCCUUCUGCUGUGUCCUCACAAGGGGUUAAACCAUCAUCAUCUGGUGCAAGUAUUACAUCAUCAGAGUCAAAGUUGGAGAUUGAUACUGUGAAGGAGGGUCUUAGUGUUGAACUGAAGCAAAAGCAGGAAAAGAUGAAGGGAAGUAAUAGUGUGAAGAUGAUGCAGGUAUUUAGAGAAAAGCUUCCUGCAUUCAAAAUGAAAUCUGAGUUUCUGAAAGCUGUUGCAGAUAACCAGGUGCAGGCAGGCAUGGGGGCACUGCUUAUUGGGAAGUAUGGUAUGAGUGUGCGUGCUGUUAUGUGGAAGGAUGAGAGGCAUGUGGGCACUGCUUAUUGGGAGGGAGAUUUGAUACUGGUAGUUUCAGGAGAGACAGGUUGUGGUAAAACGACACAGCUCCCUCAAUUUAUCCUAGAGGAGGAGAUAUCAUCUCUUCGAGGUGCUGAUUGUUCAGGACCCGGAUCUAACUGGUGUAAGCCAUUUGCUAGUGGACGAGAUUCAUGA